AUGGUCGGAAGCGCCUCGAGCCCGGUUUCCGUACGUUCCGUUCCAACUUGCGGGGGUUUGGUCGAGAGUCUUGGUGUACAAUCGUCCGAGUCUGCGCGUGUGUGUGUGUGUCCACCAUGGCCGGCCCCGGCCCCGGUUGAAGGACGACCCUGUGCAUUCCAUCCUGGCCUAUUCAGAAGUGGAUGCACAAGUUACCCUACAGGGACUGUUCAUACUACUGUGGAAGGGUUGGUAGUGCAGUUCCAAAUCAAUCGACUCGCAGCUCUUGGAAAGCCCCCCUCUUACCCAUUUACCCUACCCCUGUCUUCGUCACACCCACACAAACCGACAACCCCCUUUUUACAUAUCCUCCAAAAACAGACAACGUGCAUUGCAUUCACUUGUCCCUCCUUCGAUCCCCGUUGCCCACCGGUCGACCAACCCGCGCUUCCUGGCGUCUCGUCUACAAAAACCUAGAGGCACUCUCGUCCGUCCGCUUGCGUCUCUCAAUGGACAACCACAAUCACAACAACAAUCCGUCGCAUGUCCGGAACGCCUUCGCUCCGGGAGCGUGGACUCCGUGGCGCGUUCCACCAUCAUCGCACGAGCCUCGUCGUGACGACGCGUCCGACACACUCCGAAACCAACCCUUGUUCUCGGCGUCGCGGACUUCGACUACUACCAGAUCCAGUACUACUAUUACUACCACUAAUACUACUACAGGCGGCACCGUAUCAAUGUCGGACAAAAAACGGCGUGGUCGUCCUAGAACCUCCAAGGAGGGGACCGCCUCGUCCACCGCCUCGCCCAGUACGGUGGGAUCCAAGAAAUUGCCUCAAUCGUGUCGAUGUAAUUUUGGACUCUUUCUGGAUACCAUGGUUCGCGAAGUUAGCUUAACCCGACCAGACUUGGUCCACUGGACCAGGGAUGGUUCCGGAUUCUUCAUUCAUCAGGAACGCAGUGCCGACGUGAGUCAAAUACUGGCCAAAUACUUUCUCCACGGGAAUUUUGAUUCCCUUCGGCGACAAUUGAACGUCUACGGCUUUCGCAAACAAAAGAAGCCCGGUCCGAAUAGAGGCAGUUUCCAUCAUCCCGAUUUUCACCGGGACCGACAGGGGGAUUUGGACGAAACCAAUCAGCCCCGUGCACCCUCUAUCAAACCCAGCAAGCGCGAGCGACGCAAGAAAAAAGAGUCCGAAUCGGAAUCCGCCUCCGACACCCGGGGCGGAAUGGCACAUCGAGUCCGCCACACACCCACUCCCCAACGGAAAGACGACCCUAUCCCUCCUAGCGUGGUUGCCGCCACGAUCUCCGCCGUACCGGUCCACGAACAAUCGACGGGAGAGCCAGAACCGAAAAAGAAAAAAUAUACCAGGAAAAAAGACGAGACUAACACGGUGGCUUGCGUUAAGGAAGCGAUGCCCCCGCCACCCUUGGUUCUGCCGGAGGGGUCUGCCGAUGUGACGUCGUUAAACGCCAUCAUAGCCGACGCCCUCCACGAAUCCACAGCCGCGGCCAAGACGAAAAGUCGCCGACGAAAGAAAGCACGACGCCUCAAUCAAAACUACGCGACCUUUCAUCAUCUGUAUACUACGCCGGUCUUUUCCGAAGAUUACUCUACCGGGGUUUACACUGGUGCAGUCCCUAACUGUGCAGUAUACGGCCCACCGUACUUGCCCGUGAUUCCGGAGGAUGAUACCAUUGGUCACGGCAUCUGGCUGGACGGCGUUGCUCAGGAAGAGCCGUUGCGCGAAGGACCAACAAAAGUUGAUUCGGACGUCGUGCCGGAACGGAAACCAAGGAAAACAUACACUAGGAGAGGCACCGCGGCUACGAAGGAUGCUGCCAAACAAGCGAAACACAAGGACAACAAAACAGUCAAAUCAAAGCCGCCCCGCCAAAAAAGUGGACAACGUGAACCCCGUGUUCGACCCAGACUCGAAUUCCAGAAAAGGGUUCCGCGGGCUGAGAAAUUACCCGUCAAGAAAGAUAGCAGAAACAUCGCGAGGCGUCCCGUCAUGGAUGUAGACAUGGGUGAAAUCGAUUUGACCGACAUAUCCACGCUGCCGCGGGGCGUUACGAUGCGCCCCUCAGGAAAGUGGCAAGCUCAGCUCUACUUCAACGGUCGAUCACGCUAUAUUGGAGUCUUUGAUAAUGCGCGAUGCGCCGCGUUCGCGUACAGGAUUGUGCACCAACGGCUGCGGCACGACAAGUAUCAUUUCCUGAGCAGCGAUGUUGCUACCGAAGUUUUUGCCAAAGUUCGGAUCGAGGCAAACGAUGCCGUGGACAACUUACUGAGGGGGAAAACCACUGAAAAGGAGGCAUUAGAUAGGCUCGCUGAAAGUGAAUCUCUGCUCUAG